AUGGCUCGUAUAGUGACGCCAUCGAAUCAAGUCAAGCUGACGAACGUCUCGAUAGUCCGUCUCAAGAAGGGAGGCAAGAGGUUUGAAAUUGCUUGCUACAAGAACAAGGUCUUGGAAUGGAGGAAUAACGUCGAAACUGAUUUGGACGAAGUGCUGCAAGCCGAACAAGUAUUCAUGAAUGUCUCCAAGGGCCAAGUAGCAAACAAGGAGGAUUUACAGGCUGCAUUCAAAACUGACGAGAUCAGGACUAUUGUGCUCGAAAUUCUCAAAAAGGGAGAACUACAAGUCGGCGACAAGGAACGCUCCAACCAACUGGAAACACUGCACAAGGAUAUAGCCCAAACAGUGGCAGACAAGUGUGUCAAUCCAGACACAAAGCGACCAUAUCCUAUAACCAUGAUUGAAAAGUGUAUGGCUGAUCUACACUUUUCGGUGCAUCCUAAUCGGAGUGCGAAACAGCAGGCAUUAGAAGUAAUCAAACAAUUACAGGAAGCCAAAACAAUACCCAUCGCACGAGCACAAAUGCGAUUGAGAUUGCUUGUGCCUGGCAAAGAUGGGAAACGAGUUAAGGAUAAAUUGGCUGGGUUGAUUGCUAGCAUCGAGGAUGAAGACUGGGGUGAUGAAUAUGAACUGAUAUGUUUGAUUGACCCAGGCCAAUUCAGGGCUAUUACAGAAACGCUACAAUCUGAAACUAAAGGUCGUGGAACCAUGGAAGUGUUGAGUUUACGAGAGGCUGAAGGAGGGGAUGAGAGGUUAGAGUAG